GGGGAGAGGGGGAUGAUGAUUCCGUUAGGCAGGCAGGUGAUGUAGCUAGCAAGCAAUGCACAGGCGCUCUCUCUUACUCUCUCUGAGGCUGAUUACUAAUUCGAAAACAACACGCUGCUAGCAGCAGAAAGAGAUAAGCGAGGGGGCUGUGUGUUAGUGGAGUAGAACGGACGGACAGAACAGCACCGGACAUUGUCAUGGUUCUUCCUUUCUCUUUCUCCCCAGUCUCUGGAAUGACUGUAAUUGCUGUUGGUUGGUCAGUGUUGGGAUUUGCAGAGGAAGGUGCCGUAGUGCAGAUCUGCCUUGCCUAGGACAAGGAGGGACCGUCUCUCUGUUUCUAAGCCAUAUUACAGGAGGCACAGGGCUUCUUUCUCUGUCAUUGACUUGUGAUUGGGGACACCAACCAUGGAGGCCCCGCUUGUGUGCCUGGAUGAGGAGUUCGAGGACCUCAGGCCCUGCCGGGUAGAGGACAUGCCCCUCAGCCGACCCCCUUACAGCACCGUCUCCCUGACCCCCAUCACCCGUGAGGACUUCUCUGAACUGGAGAACUUCUCUGAGAUGAUGAGUUUCAAGUCCAUGGAGGACCUGGUCAACGAGUUUGACGAGAAGCUGAAUGUCUGUUUCCAUAACUACAACACCAAGACGGAGGGCCUGGCCCCCGUGCGCAACCAGUCUCACACCGAGGAGGACGAGGAGCGGCUGCAGGAUGAAGAUGUGUGGGAUGCGCUGAUGGAUAACUACGUCCCUUCCUCUGUCUCCAGCUGGGACAACCCCAACUCAGAGGGAUUCAACGGCAACCUCUCCGACCAGGAGAUUCAUGAAAAAGAGGAGGAGGAGAUGAACGAGAAGAACGACAAUGCCAACUGCCUGAGCGAGGAGCCUCUCCUCACUGCUGAUCAGGUCAUUGAGGAGAUUGUUGAGAUGAUGGAGAACUCUCCGGACCCUGGUGAGACAGAGGAGGAUGACGAGGAAGAGAGUGGACACUCCUCACCCAAGACCAACCCAUCUCUUCUGGAAGAGAUCAGACAGCUAUCCCAGGCCGCCAAUAACAACACGCCUUCUUAUGAAGGCUUGAGUGUGAUGCCCAGCUCGGCCCUGGUGGAGCUGCUGUGCCGGGUGGAGGCGGCCAUCAGAGAGUACUCCGAGGAGCUGGUCACCCAGCUGGCGCGUCGUGACGAGCUGGAGUUUGAGAAGGAGGUGAAGAACACGUUCAUCACGGCCCUCAUGGAGGUGCAAAACCGCCAGAAGGAACAGCGGGACACGGGCAAGCGCAGGCGCCGGGUCGACAAGGGCCUCAGUCUGCAGGGUAACGCGAUAACCACGACUGUGAUUGGUGGAACACCUACUAUGAUCAACGCCUGCACAGACUCCAAGCCCGCCUCCAUGCCUACGAAGCGUUUCAGUAUGGAGGGUCUCUCCAACAUCCUGCAGACAGGCAUCAGACAGACAUUUGGCAGCACAGGGAUGGACAAACUGUAUCUAAACACGGUAAUUCCAUAUGAGAAGAAAGCAACUCCUCCAACUGUGGAUGACCUUCAGAUGAUCACUAAUAUUCUUUAUGCCAUGAAGGAGGACAGUGAGAAGGUGCCUACACUGCUAACUGACUACAUAUUGAAAGGGGGAUUGGUAUAUCUCACUCACUGCCUGUAUUCUAAUGGCACUAAGCUCCCCUGAGGGAGCAGAGCCUAACGCCAAGACCACGUGUUGUCAUCUAUUUUCUAAUAAAUGGUUAAAUGAACGUGAGUUUCGUCUGAACUUAUGUCACGUGAAAGGGGGCUGUAAAGAAAUUAAAAUAGGCUAAUAUGAUAGUUGACAAAGCAUAUAAUUAUAACGAUGAUUGAAGUAUCCCUAAUUAACCACCCCAAAAAAU